CUUUCAACAAUGCCGGCAACUCGACAUCUGGAGGUUUUGGUGGCCUAUUGACAUCGGCAACACAGAGUAUUUUUACAAAUAUUAUUACUAAAAAGAUACAAACUAUUACCCAGGCUUUGACCACUGGUCUCAGUUCGGCUAGUUCCGGUUCGAGUGGUGGUUUUGGAUUCGGCGCCAAAACCGGUUUAUUCACCAACCUUUUGAGUACCAAAUUGGGUGGUGGUAGCAGUUCCGGCUCCUACAGCAGCAGUGGCAGUAGUUCCAGUAGCGGCUUUGAUCUAAGUUCCAAAACAAAUUUGGCUACAAGUUUGUUAAGCAGCAAAUUGGGAUCGGGAUCUUCUUCCACCUCCUAUAGCUCUUCCAGCAGUUCUUCAUCAUCGAGUAGUUCCAGCAGCAGUGGUGGUGGUUUGAGUUUGAUUACAAAUUUGGCCACCGGUGUUGUUAGCAGUAAAUUAGGUGGUGGUGGAAGUUCAAGCAGCAGCAGUGGUGGUGGUAUUUUAAGUGGUUUCAUUGGUGGAGCAACGGGUAUUGCUACGGGUACAACAACGACUACUACGACUACCACAACUACAACCCAAGCUCCAACCACAACAACUACCACGACCACCACCACAAAGGCCCCUGAAGUCAGCAUUACCUCCACUACGGAAGAUUUAACAGAAGAUAAGUAUACCGACUUUGGUACAGUCUCAACUGAGAGUAGUGUCAGUUCCACUUCAGGUUAUGUUUAUAGUACCACCGAGGCCCCUGAAAUUACAACUAGACGCCCUGAAACCGGUAGUGCUUUAUUAAAUGCUGCCAUUGCAGCCACUACAAUUGAGGAUAAUGAUGAUGAUGAUGAUGUUACCACAACAACAACCACUACCUCUGAAACUACACCAACCACGAAUGGUGGUUCGGUUGGCGGUACAAUUGUUUUUCCUGCUGAUAAGGAAAUAACAACAACUGUAACAACGACUGGAGAUAGUGACAACAAGGGAACUAAUGAUGGCCAGGAUAAUGGUUACAGUUAUAGCACGAAUUCCAACAGCCAGGUGUCGAAUGGUAAUAAGGAUGGUUCCACUGGUUCUGGAAAUUCUGGAUACAGCUACACCACAACAACCCAAACUUCGACCACGGGUAAUGCUGGUCUAGGUGGUAAUCAAGGUUCCACAACUCUAACCUCGGAAGAGAAGGGUGCCGAUAAGGUUACCACAACUGGCGGUGAUUCCGGAUAUACCUAUACCACAACUACCCAAACUUCGACCACAGGUAAUGCUGGUAUCGGUGGCAAUCAAGGUUCCAUAACUGGUGGAAAUAAUGACUCAGGAUAUAGUUAUACCACCACCCAAACCUCGGAAGAUAAGGAAGCAGAUAAGGUUACCACAACUGGAGGUGAUUCCGGCUAUACCUACACCACAACUACCCAAACUUCUACCACAGGAAAUGCUGGUCUAGGAGGUAAUCAAGGUUCGAUGUCCUCGGGAAAUUCCGGUUCAGGUUAUAGCUAUACCCAAACAACUGAAGAAAAGGAAGCCGAUAAGGCCACAACAACCGGAGGAAAUGGUGGCCUCAGUUACACCACCACAACUACCCAAACUUCUACCUCAGGUAAUGCAGGUGGUCUAGGUGGUAAUCAAGGUACCUCUACAGGAGGAAAUUCUGGUUCAGGAUAUAGUUAUUCCACCACGCAAACCUCGGAAGACAAGGCUGUCGAUAAGGUUACCACAACCGGAGGAAAUGCUGGUUUCAGCUACACUACAAUAACCCAAACUUCCACCACUGGAAAUUCUGGUAUUGGUGGUAACCAAGGUUCUUUGUCCACUGGAAAUUCCGGUUCAGGAUAUAGUUAUACCACCACUCAAACCACUGAAGAAAAUGAAGCUGAUAAGGUUGCCAUAACUGGAGGAAAUGGUGGUCUCGGUUACACCAUAACUACCCAAACUUCCACCACCGGAAAUGCAGGUGGUCUUGCCGGUAACCACGGUUCUUCCUCCACAGGAAAUUCUGGAUACAGUUACACCACAUCUACUCAAACUUCCAAAACUGGAACAACCGGUCUAAGUGGUAGUCAAGGAUCUUCUUUAAGUGACAACUCCGGCUCUGGUUAUAGCAUCAUAACCACUCAAACCACCACUGAAGAAAAGGAAGCUGAAAAAGAAAUCUCUACAUCGGUUGAAGAUUCUGAUUUUACCUUUACCACCACAACCCAAUCCUCUGUAGUUGAAAAUACCGAAGAAGGAUCGGCCUUGGGUGGUAAUACCGAUUCUGGUUAUAGCUAUAGUAUUACUCAAACUUCUGGAGAUAAGGACAACGGAAAAGCCACGGUAAGUGGUGGAAAUUCUGGCUAUAGCUAUACCACCACAUCUACCAAAACUUCAACAUCUGGUAAUACUGGUCUAGCUGGCAUUCAAGGCUCCUCUGGUGCUGGAAACUUGGGUACUGGUUACAGUUAUACCCUAACACAAAAUUCUGGCAAUUCUGGAGCCAAUAAAGGAAUUUCCACUUCAGGAGGUAAUACCGGUUAUAGCUACAGCAAAACAACAACAAGCAAAACCUCUACAACCGGUAAUGCCGGUUUGAGUGGUAAUCAAGAAGGAAGUUCAGGUAAGGGUUACAAAUAUUCCACCACAACCUAUCAAACAUCGAACCAAGGUGAUGCAAAUACAGGCUUAGUUGAAGAUGUCAACAACAAUGAAGUUGGAGGAGGUUACAUCUAUACCACAACCACCACCACAACUACCCAUAAAAUCUCCUCCGAUGGUACGGAAUCACCAAUUUUGGUCGAACGCAAAGAGGUCACCUGUAAAUAUACAUCGGAUUCGGCCAAACCUGAAUGUGAUGAUAAAAUUGUAAAAUCCACUGAGGAUAAAAUGUUGACAGCUGCCUCAAAAAUUCAAACCAAUACCUUUAAUACUCCAAUUGUCAAUGGACAAACAACAAGCACCGGUUAUCGCUACGUAACCUCGAAAGUGGAUAGUGGAACCACAGCCAGACCUAGAGGUUUUGGUUUCAAUCUGUUUGCCAAUGAAAUUAACAAUAACAUUGUAAGACCAACUAUCAGCAAUCAAUAUUUACCAGUUUUGUAA